ACAAAAUACAGUACAGCUUGAAUACGGCCGUGUAUCUUCUCUCCGUCCGCCCCUCCUGUCCACCAUGUCCCUCCGUGUAGCAUUCACCUCGCGUAGACUCGCCUCGCGCGCAAUGUUGCGCUCGAUGGCGACUGCGGUCCCUGUGAACCGCCAGAAGCUCAAGAUCGGCCUCAUCCCUGCAGAUGGUAUUGGCCAGGAAGUCAUCCCGGCCGCACGCGCUGCCAUCGAAGCAUUGGGCUCUGAGAUUCCCAAGCCCGAGUUUGUUGACCUGGCGGCAGGGUUUGAGCUAUUUUCUGCCUCGGGAGAGGCCUUGCCGGAGGAGACGGUCCAGGCACUCAAAGACUGUGAUUGCGCCCUGUUCGGCGCUGUCAGCUCCCCCGUGAACAAAGUAGCAGGCUACUCUUCGCCUAUUGUCGCACUGCGUAAGCGGUUAGACCUCUACGCGAACGUCCGACCAGUCAUCUCGGUCGCUGCCAACCCCGAGGACAAGCCCGACAUCGACCUCGUGGUCGUACGUGAGAACACUGAGUGUCUGUACGUGAAGCAAGAGACGAUGAGCAUCGGUGAGCACGGUAAGGAGGCUCGCGCGACGCGUCUCAUCACGGAGCGUGCAUCCCACCGUAUCGGCAAAAUGGCAUUCGAGAUCGCACUCGGUCGCCCGCGCAAGCAAGUGACAGUUAUCCACAAGUCCAACGUCCUCUCCGUCACGGAUGGUCUCUUCCGAGACACCGUUCGCGCCGUGCCUCGUGUAGUUGGAGACGGUAGGUACGACAGUGUCAAGAUCGAGGAGCAGAUUGUAGACAGCGCUGUGUACCGGUUGUUCCGGGAACCUCAGAUCUACGACGUCAUGGUCGCGCCGAACCUCUACGGCGACAUCAUCUCGGAUGCCGCUGCAGCCCUCGUUGGCUCGCUUGGUCUUGUGCCCUCCGUCAACGCAGGUGACAACUUUGUCAUGGGCGAACCCGUCCACGGCUCGGCACCCGACAUUGCCGGGCGCGGUAUCGCCAACCCUCUCGCGUCCAUCCGUAGCGCAGCGCUCAUGCUCCGCCACCUCGGGUACGCGGCAGCCGCAGACAAGAUGGACAAGGCGGUCGACCAGGUCAUCCGCGAGGGUCAGGUGUUGACGCCAGACCUGGGCGGGAAGAGCAAGACGACCGAGGUCCUCGACGCAGUGCUCAAGCGGUUGUGAGCCGGGGUCUGCUCAGGCUAUCCCUAGGUGUGUAAGCGUGAUCUAAUGAGACAGAAAGAUGUGGCUAGUUUGCAGUGUAUCAAAAGUAUGCUAGUACAUAUAUCAAGCAAGCGUGUUACAUGUCGCGGUAGAUGUGAUGAG